UUUGAAGCUAGCCAGACCGAGGCCAGCCUUGGCCCUAUCUCCGAUGAGCUGUCUGCUUGGGAGAAGCUACAGCCUUUCUAGGUUCCUCGGUUUCUGUAUCUGUGAAGAGGCUUCACUUGGCUAACGGGCUCCCUGAAAGUAUUUCUUCCACCAGCUUCCUGCCAGGAGCCCAGCUGUGGCUGGGUAUCGGAGGACCCGCCUUCCCCGAGCCAUGCGGGGCCUGUGCCCUCGCGGAGCUGGCAGCCAUGCGGGGCCUGUGCCCUCGCGGAGCUGGCAGCCAUGCGGGGUUGGCUGAGGCAGCCAGGACUGCAGGCCUGGCAGGGCAGGGGUUGGACACCCGUCCCUGAGAGCCGCGGGCCCAGCACAGCAUGUCCACACAACUUUCGGGGAUACUGUUCGCACGAGCCUUUUGAGGGGACUCCAUUUUACAGAAUGUGCUUCGUGUCGCGGUGUGGGCGUGGGGAAGGACGACUUCUGUGUCAGCCCCACGCCAGGCUCCGUGUCUCCUGCCCCCUCGGGUUUGAGUUUUCCAGGCUGCGCAUGCGCGGGCCGCGCCCCGCCCUCCACCUCUCGUUCGUGGGUUGGUGGGUUUGGGUCACGUGGAAGUGCCUCGCCUCUUCCUCGCCGCAGGGGGCCCGGCCGCUGGCUGGUUUCCGGUUCGGUGGGUCGGAGAUGACGGAGCCGGGCGCCUCUCCGGACGACCCCUGGGUCAAGGCAAGCCCCGCGGGCGCGCACGCCGGCGAGGGGAGGGCGGGUCGGGCUCGUGCACGUGGGGGGUCCGGAAGACGAGGGGAUUCUCUGCAGUUCCCAAAGGUUCCCCCACCCUCCGGGCCCCUGGGCUGCAGAGAAGACAGCCCUCACCCUGCGCGUGCCAAGGUGGAGUAUGCCUACAGUGACAACAGCCUGGAUCCCGGGCUUUUUGUAGAAAGUACCCGAAAGGGGAGUGUAGUGUCCAGAGCUAAUAGCAUCGGUUCCACCAGUGCCUCUUCCGUCCCCAAUACAGAUGAUGAGGACAGUGAUUACCACCAGGAGUCCUACAAGGAGUCCUACAAAGACCGGAGGCGGCGAGCACACACUCAGGCGGAGCAAAAGAGGAGAGAUGCCAUCAAGAGAGGCUAUGAUGACCUCCAGACCAUCGUCCCCACCUGCCAGCAGCAGGACUUCUCCAUUGGCUCCCAAAAGCUCAGCAAAGCCAUCGUCCUACAGAAGACUAUUGACUACAUCCAGUUUUUGCACAAGGAGAAGAAAAAGCAGGAGGAGGAGGUGUCCAUGCUACGCAAGGACGUCACGGCCCUAAAGAUCAUGAAAGUGAACUAUGAACAGAUCGUGAAGGCGCACCAGGACAACCCCCACGAGGGAGAAGACCAGGUCUCUGACCAAGUCAAGUUCAAUGUGUUUCAAGGCAUCAUGGACUCUCUGUUCCAGUCCUUCAAUGCCUCCAUCUCUGUGGCCAGUUUCCAGGAGCUGUCGGCCUGUGUCUUCAGCUGGAUUGAGGAGCACUGUAAGCCUCAGACCCUCCGGGAGAUCGUGAUUGGCGUCUUGCACCAGUUGAAGAACCAGCUGUACUGACUGGCUCUUGGAACCUGAAGAGCCAACAAGAGGCCAGUCUCCUACUUGGCCACAGAGCCACUGGGCUGCUGAGGCUGGACUGCCACACUGCACACUGGUCAGCUGGUUCUGGUGUUUGGGUCCCCGGCACCCCUUGCCCUCAGUAGGGCUGGGGUAUUUGUUUUGUGAAAGCUUUAAUUUAUUUUAUUGACCACACAACUCGAGCCUACUGUCUUUCCCCUUCUCCAUAGAAAUCUUGGGGGGGGGGGGGUGUUACAGAACAGGGCCCUCCUCCCAAACUCCUGGCCUCUCCCCUUCUAAGCCUCAGAUUUUUGCUCCUGAUCUACACAUAUUGGGAAGUUACUAUUUGCAUCUGGUUUGGUCUCUUGGGCAACAUUCGGCCCAAGUUUGGCCAUUUUGGUGGUAGGCGGAUGGGGAGGGAGGAGGAGGAAGUGCUCUCCCAGGCACGCGGGGUGAAAGGCUAGGGCUGCCUGGUGGACCCGAGGUGAGACCGGGCCUCUUCCAGCCAGCUCAGGGCAGGGCUGCUGGGUUCCUGCCCUCACUUGCUACUCCAUCGCCUCUCCUUUCUCCGCCACAUACCCCUGCCCCCCAUCCCCACAGGCAGGAGCACAGCAAAGAAGUUAAAUGUGAUAGCACUACAUAUUAAAUUUUUUUUUAAAUUUUUCUAAACAACACUGCAAUUUUGCUAAAGUUAACAAUUUUUGAAAGUGAACUGGGCCUCAAAACCACUCCCAGCCAUCCUGUCAAGCGUCUCUGGGUCUCCAUCAUCUCAGUGCUGCCUGCAUUUCUCCCAGGACUUGGGGGUGGCAGGAAGGGGUAGAGAAGAUACUUUAAAGGCCUCCUGGGGAGCCCAGAAAAGUCCUGGAUAAGGCUUGGACUCCUUGAAUGCUGUGUAUAGUAGCUUGUCUCUACCCAGUAGCCUGCCUCAGGGUUGACAUCUGGGAGGUUUGGUUAUCUAGAGGAAAUUAAGUAUUUUUAUAUCAAAUUAUAUUACAAUAAAUAUUUCCAAAUGCUUCA